AUGUCCAGGACAUCCAAGCUUACCCUGCUGGGCACUUCGCUCUUUGCCGUCACUACUGUGGUUUUUGUGCACUUUCAGCAAAAGUUUGAGCAAGAGGCAAUGCACCAAGGCGUCAUUCGCGACAUGGAACAACAGCGCAUCAAGAAGGAACGCCAACUCGACUUUGAGUUGCAAAAGGCUCUAGAGGAGGAAUACAAGAAGGGCCAGAGUGUACGAGACAGCGUCGUCGAUCUAGAACCACCGAAACGAGCGCAAGGGCGGUAUCAUUGA